CGCCUCCUCCCCCUCUCCUCUAGUGUAGUGGAUUGCAUGGAGGAUGAACAUCAGCUGUUCGAAUCAUAAACAUGGAAGAAGAAACAGAAUUAGCUGCUGCAGAUUGGCAGCUUCCUCUGGCGUUUUCGAAAAGUCGACACACAGAAGCUAUCGAAGGUGUUACUGCAAUAACACAAACAUGGAGAAUGAAAGAAAGGAUGAAGACUGUGAGUGUUGCGCUGGUUUUAUGUCUAAAUGUUGGUGUGGAUCCUCCCGAUAUCGUCAAAACUCAACCUUGUGCCCGCCUGGAAUGCUGGAUAGAUCCCUUAUCUCUGAGCCCUGCAAAGGCUUUAGAAACUAUUGGUGCAAACAUGCAAAAACAGUACGAGCGUUGGCAGCCUCGAGCAAGGUACAAGCAAAGCCUAGAUCCCACAGCAGACGAAGUAAAAAAAUUAUGCACGUCUCUGAGGAGGAAUGCCAAAGAAGAACGUGUUCUGUUUCAUUACAAUGGACAUGGUGUUCCGAAACCCACUGCUAAUGGUGAAAUUUGGGUCUUUAACAGAACAUACACUCAAUACAUUCCUCUGUCUGUGUAUGAUCUGCAGACCUGGAUGGGGGCACCAAGUAUAUAUGUUUAUGAUUGCUCCAAUGCUGGAAUAAUUGUGGAUUCUUUUAAGGGGUUUGCGGAGCAGCAUGAAAGGGAGUAUGAGCUCAGUGGAACAAGAGGAUCUGGCGCUGCACCUUGUUUCAAAAACUGCAUCCAAUUGGCUGCUUGCUCAGCAUCUCAAAUUUUGCCAAUGAAUCCUGACCUUCCUGCAGACAUUUUUACAUCAUGCUUAACAACUCCUAUCAAAAUUGCUCUCAGAUGGUUUGUGUUGCAGAACUCAGCAAGACUCAUACCAAAAAUAACUCUUGAUCUAAUUGAUAAGAUUCCUGGGCAGCUAAAUGAUAGAAGAACAAUGCUUGGUGAAUUAAAUUGGAUAUUUACAGCCAUAACUGACACUAUUGCUUGGAACACCUUGCCAAGAGAUCUUUUCCAGAAACUAUUUAGACAGGAUCUGCUUGUGGCUUCAUUAUUCAGAAAUUUUUUACUUGCGGAACGUAUAUUAAGAUCUUAUGAUUGCACUCCGGUAUCUUCUCCAAGAUUGCCCCACACACAUCAACACCCCAUGUGGCAUGCAUGGGAUUUGGCCUUAGAUUUAUGUUUGGCACAGCUUCCUGGUGUAUUGGAAAACGAGCGACCAUUCCAACAUUCAGUUUUUUUCCAAGAACAGCUCACAGCCUUUCAAGUCUGGCUGCACCUUGGAUCUGAAGUACGGGAUCCACCUGAACAAUUACCAGUUGUGUUACAGGUUUUACUAUCACAAGUUCAUCGUUUAAGAGCCUUGGAACUUCUUGGGAGAUUCCUUGAUCUUGGUCCUUGGGCAGUUAAUCUUGCUCUUUCUGUUGGUAUAUUUCCCUAUGUACUAAAAUUACUCCAGUCCUCUGCUCGUGAACUGCGUCCACUGCUAGUCUUCAUAUGGGCCAAAAUUCUUGCUGUUGAUAGUACAUGUCAAGCUGAUUUGGUUAGAGACAAUGGACACAAAUACUUUUUGUCUGUGUUACAAGACCAGUCAAUGCCGAGUGAGCACCGCACACUUGCUGCAUUUGUUUUGGCAAGUGUUGUAAAUAAUUACCCUCAGGGCCAAGAAGUUGCCCUGCAGGGAAGUUUAGUAUCCAUUUGCCUUGUGCAGUUGACUGACCCUUCUCCACUGCUGCGGCAAUGGCUGGCUAUCUGUCUGGGUCGACUCUGGACAAACUAUGCCCCAGCUCGCUGGUGUGGUGUUCGAGAUAUUGCACAUGAAAAGCUGUACACCCUUUUGUCUGAUCCUGUCCCUGAAGUUCGUGCUGCAGCUGUCUAUGCACUGGGAACAUUUAUCAGUUCUGUUGUUGAGCGAAGUGAACAUGCUAAUACAAUUGACCAUGGUGUAGCAAUGAAGUUACUUAACACAACAAUGUAUGACAUGAGUCAUCUUGUGAGAAAGGAAUUAAUAAUUGCUCUUCAGUCAAUGGUUCUACUUUUUGAGAACUCAUUCAUCUCAGUAGCUCUACAAGAAAGUGGGCGUGCAAAGGAUGGAACCUCUUCUGCACUUAUAUCAGCAACGACAGAUAUGCUGUUGUCACCUGCCACUAGUAUAAGAAGAAUUGCUUCGAGGGAUCGAUUGAAGAUGCUAUCGCCUACCACAGUCCUGCUUGAUGGUGGUGCUGGAGAAGGAGGCACUGACCGCAUCAAGCGUGUUUCCAGUUCCAGUUCUAUAUCCAGCAUGGGCAACUUAGGCAGCAAUUUAUCAUUGACUUUGCUCCAGUACAUGCUAGGUCCUGGCAGUAUGGCUAGUUUGCCCAGUGCGGCAUUUGGAAGCAUCUACCAAAAGCUGUGGGUGGGCCUUGCUGCGAUGGAGCAGGACCCACAUCCUGGGGCCAGCCAGAUGGCAAAGCAGGUCAUGGAGUACAUUCGUGAGCAGGUAAAAGAGACUAUUUCUCAUAGAGAAGUAAGUGACACAAGAAUAUCAUCUUCUGUUUCGCUCCCUCCAUCACCAUCUAGUCGUCCAACAUUUUUAACUGGGGAAUCUCCUCCUACUAGUGGCUCAACCACUGAUCUCCAUCGUAUCGGCUCAAGACCUGCUCACCCUUUUGUCCGGUCUAGGAAGACUGUCCCGAAUACUAUUUCUGAGGAGUCUGAUGAAUGUACAUGGCAAAGAAAACCGUUGAUAAAUACAAAUUUUGUUGAAUGGAGCUGCAAGUAUUUUGCCCAGCCCAUCAUGAGAUUUAUUGAAGAUAAUGAUGCUGAAAGUAACAAAUUUUAUGAACGAGAAUGGAGAUACAUACGAAAUGCUACUUUAAGAACAGAAGCUAGAGAAGAGCAGAAGAAAAUGUCUCAACCACGUAUAGAAAAUCAAGUUUUCAAUGUUCGAUACCCACAUAACCCAACUGUAGUUCUUUUCCAACCUUAUGAACCUAUAGUUGCUAUUACUGGUAAAGAUUCAGUAGGGCUUUGGGAUUAUUACACUAGCACUAGGCUAGCCUAUCUCCCAAACACCAGUAGUAAAAGCUUGAAAGGACCUGUAAGAAUAACAGCUUUGGACCUUGUGAACCCACACGAUGUGUCGCUGCUCCUUGUAGGAGCUGAUGAUGGGUCUCUGCGAUUGUGGAAUCACCAAUCUGCCUUGCAUGGUGUUGCAUCUUCGACUGGAGGACUCAGUUUAGUUGCAGCCUGGCAGGCUCUAGCUGAAGCUCCACCCACUUCAAAAUCUGUCAAUGGAAUUACAGAACAUGGAAGGAAAUCUUCAUCUGGCCUAGUUGUAAGCUGGGAACAACACACUCUUACCAUGGUCGUCUCUGGAGAUGUAAAAGUGGUGAGAUUUUGGGAUGCUAAUCAAGAAUUGCGUGUACGUGACAUACCUACUGAUAGCAACAGCUGCGUCACAAGCCUCUCUUCAGACGGGCAGAUUGUUGUGGCUGGCUGUGGGGAUGGAUCCAUAAGAGUGUUUGACCGCAGACUGAGUCAAAAUGAAGCUCGAGUCCUCACAUGGCGCGAGCAUCCUGGAUGGGUUGUAAAUUGCGCCCUCAGAGACAACACAAUUAUCAGUGGAAGUGUUAUGGGUGAAGUGAAGUUCUUCGAUUUGAGACAAGAUUCAAGUCCUGCAGGCUUUCAAAUUCACCAAGAAAUGACUGCAAUGGCUAUACAUAAACAGGCUAAUGUUUUCUCAUGUGGCUCUCUCAACCAGAUGGCUAUGUAUGAUCUUCAAGGUCACCUCAUAAAUACUAUCAAGUACCAUGAAGGUUUCAUGGGAGCUCGCAUUGGCCCAGUCUCUUGUCUAGCUUUUCACCCUCAGCGCGCUAUGUUGGCUGCUGGAUCCACGGAUGCUUGCGUCUCUAUCUACGCCGUCGAACCCAAAAGAUGACACAUGUCCUUGACAGCUUUCUAGCUGUCAGCAAGCUUACCUUAUCUGUCCCUUUUGUAAAGUACCCUUCUUUAACUUCAUCUCAUUCCUAGUGGACGUUAGAGGCGCUAUAAGGGAAGUCUGGGUGCAGUCUGUGAUGUUUUUUUCUGUUUUUCUUGUGGUAUGUUGAAAGAAGGGAUCACUUAUUGUUAAACGCUUGUAAAGUAGAUCUUAAGUAAACAAAUUUUCUUAUUGUUUAAAUUUGUUUUUUAGAGCAUGGUGCUCUUUCCCUGAUACUUAUAUAUAUGUUGUAUGUGAUGUAUGCUAAGUCCUGUACAAUUGGUCUUUAUUGCUGUACACUAAAUGCAACUAAUAGUGUAGCUAUUAUUCAUACUUAAUAGGGAGUAGCUAGGUAGUAGUGUCUUUGCUGUUAGUGAAAAUGGGACAAGCAAACUAGAUGUUUAAAGUACUAGUAAUUAAUUAGGGAUUACCUCUUCUUGUUUGAUUUUCUACCCUUGUAAUCAUUGAAAAGAUGGGGCCUGCUGUUGUACAGUGUUAAUAUUGACAGUUCCUUACAGAAAAAAAAAUCAUUGACAGCUAGUGCAUUAUUUUUAUGAUGAGGUUAAUAUUUUAUUAAAUAUGCCAUGUAUAUUGUUUUAUACCAUAUUUUUGAUGAAUGUAACACUUAACUUCUCUAUGUGUCAUAUUAAUUGGCUAAAUUAUUGGUUAUAAUUAUUUUUGUAAAGAUGUAAUGAAAGAGUUCCUUUCAUAUUGUUAUGUAACUCAUGCUUGCCAUUAGAAUGCUAAUUAUGAGUGCCACAAUUUACUUUAAUAGUCACUAGAAAGGCAAGCAAUUUGUUGCAUUUGGCUGUGGUUCUUAUGUCUAGUGUUGAAUUUGCAUUUAGGUAGUGCCUUCAAUUUAUUCCGGUGUCACUUGCCUUUUUUGUCUCAAAAUGCACUAUUUAUUUAAAAAGUUAUUUUCAGUUAUGAAAUUUUUUUUACAUGACGUGGCAAGGCCUGCCUAGAUUCUUGGAACUCUAGGCCCACCAUGCCGUAAACAUACUGACCGAUUUUUGUUUUGUGUGACAUAAGCUAUGUCUAUUUUUCUUUUCCCCACCCCUUGUUUGAUCCAUAAUACUCAAAAUGUGCUCUAAGCUAUUCUUAGUUCAAUUUGCUUCUUUUUGAUGGAAUUAGUUCCAAGAAUAAUUCAGUUCCAAUUUCUCUGUCACUCUUAGUUUCAACAUUGUUUCAAUUUUUUUAAAGUUGUAAGAACUACUUUUACUUAACGUAGAUUCUGAAAAUUACCUUUGUUUGCUUUGUAAUACAGGAAACUAGUUUGCAUUGCUGCUUUAUAUCUACAUUUUUGUUGGUGCUGUGGUUUAAAUAGAAUCAGAAAUGAGGCCCUCUUAACAUACCCCACCGUACCUUUUUAUUAUAUGCUGUAGUAAUGCCACAUGUUUCUCAACCAGCUCAGGAACGUUCCGUGCAUUUAUCUUCUUUGUUUUUAUCAGAGUUAGUAUGUAUGUUGAUAAUUUUGUGUUGCUAAUCAUGGAACUGUUAAAUUCAUCAUACAGUUGUUUGUUUGUGUACUGCUAAUAAUGGAUUGAUCCUAGUCAAUUUCAUUUUAAAAUCAUGUUUUGUUUUUCUCAUCAUUGGAGUAUAUUACACUUGUAAGUCAUCAGGUUACAGACGGUUUAGUUUUUAUUCGUGCUCUUCAAAGCAGAAAUUUAUUGAAUAAAGGUUUAUCUUUUACAACA